GGGGCCGGGCAAGGCGGGGCCGGCGCGGGGCUCCCUCGGCAGGAACUGCCCGGCCCGGCAGAGCGGGGAGAGGGGCGCGGGGCUGAGCCAUGAGCCGGCUGGACCUGGACACGCACCGCCUGGCGCUGCUGGCCGCCAAGGAGGACAUCGGCAGCCGGCGCGUCUCGGCCGACUGGGCCAUCUUUGCAUAUGGCAAGCACAAUGAGCUGAAGCUCCUGGACUCGGGAGCCGGCGGGGUAGACGAACUGUCCGGGAAGUUCUCCAGUAGCAGCGUCAUGUACGGCCUCUGCCGUGUCCAGGACCCCAGCUCCGGGCAGCCCCGCAUCAUCCUCAUCAACUGGGUGGGGGAGCAGGUGCCGGAGUCCCACAGACAGACCUGUGCGGGGCAUCUGCCUGCCAUCAAGGCCUUCUUCAAGGAGGCCAGCCUGGUGCUGGGCGCCCGCCGCCCCGAUGAGGUGACGCAGGAGGGGCUGCACCGUGUGCUGUCCCGGCUCGCGCCAGCCGGGGGCAGCACCUCCAGGCGAGCACCAGCCAGCGGCUCAGAGGAACUGGUGGGCACCAACUACAGGAAAACGAACCCCGCCCUGGAGAUCCGCAGGACCAAACGGGAUUCGUUCUGGGCACAGGCCGAGAGGGAAGAGGAGCAGCGGAAGGAGGAGGAGCGCCGGCGGCUGCUGGAGGAGCGCAAGCGCUGGGAACGCGAGCGCAUGGAGGAGGAGAAGAGAGAGGCGGCUGAGCGAGAGCGCAAGUUCAAGGAGAAAGAGAGGCUGAUUGAGGAGCAGAGGAAGGAGCAGGCACGGUUGGAGGCUGAGGAGCGGAGGAAGGAGAAAGCCCGAUGGGAGCAGCAGCAGCGGGAGCACGAGGAGGCCAUGCGGGACCGGUUCCGGCGCAGCGAGUCCAUCGAGAAGGCCGUGGAGGCGGCCACGCUGGUCUCCCAGCGCUCACAGAAUCCCCGGGACUUCUUCAGGCAGCGGGAACACUCCAGCUCCACUUCGGGUGCCCAGUCGCCCCUCUCGCCCCUGGGUGUCAGGCCAGGAGCACCCCACAGGCCCUACCUGCGCUACCAGCGCAGCCUGACGGAGUCUGCCUACAUCUUCCGCCGGCCAGAGCCCCCCACUUCACCGGGUGACUUCCUCCCGGCCCCCUCCAGCCCUCGCCCCACUGAAUCCAGCUCCAGCACGGCUGCUCCUCCUGCCAGUCCACGCAGACCCACACCCGUGUCCCCAACCAGCCCGCCGGGGGCCCAACCACUGCCCCCCACCAGCCCACGCGGGACAGGGCCCCUGUCCCCGACCAGCCUGCCCAGGGCCCAACCCCUGCCCCCCACCAGCCUGCAUGGGACAGGGCUCCUGCCCCCCACCAGCCUGCAUGGGACAGGGCUCCUGCCCCCCACCAGCCUGCAUGGGGCCCAACCCCUGCCCCUCACCAGCCCACGCAGGACAGGGCCCCUACUCCCAGCUAUUCAGCCCAGGACCAAAGAUUCGUUCCACAUCAGCCCAGAUGGAACCAUGACUCUGCCUCCCAUCAGCCUGGCUGAACCUGGGUCUCCACCCCCUGUCCCCCAUGCCAGAGCCAGAUCUCCAUCCUCUCCCAGAGCCGGGUCUCCAUCCUCUCCCAGAGCUGCGUCUCCACCCCCUGCCAGCCCCCCACCCCCUGCUACCCCUCCCAGAGCCAGGUCUCCAGCCCCUGCCAGCCCCCCACUCCCUCCCAGAGCCGGGUCUCCACCUCCUGCCCCCCUUGCCAGAGCCAGAUCUCCAUCCUCUCCCAGAGCCGCGUCUCCACCCCCUGCCAGAGCCAGGUCUCCACCCCCUGCCAGCCCCCCACCCCCUGCUACCCCUCCCAGAGCCGGGUCUCCACCCCCUGCCAGCCCCUCACCCCCUGCUACCCCUCCCAGAGCCGGGUCUCCACCCCCUGCCAGCCCCUCACCCCCUGCUACCUGUCCCAGAGCCGGGUCUCCACCCUCUGCCAGCCCCCCAACUCUUCCCAGAGCUGGGUCUCCACCCCCUGUCAGCCCUCCACACACUGCCACCCCUCCCAGAGCUGGGUCUCCACCCCCUGCCAGCCCCCCAACCCCUCCCAGAGCUGGGUCUCCACUUCUUCAUUCUCUACCCUCUGCCACCCCCCCUUCCCCAGUGUCUCUGAGCCAGCCCCCAGCUAUGUUUCUGCCCAUGGAGGAGGAUGCCCCUUGCUUGGCUCCCAUAUCACCCCAGGGCCCCACUGAGGGCUCCCUGCUGGCAGAGCUGAUGCCCACUGAGGGGCCCCAUGGCAGUCUCCCAGAUGUGCCAACUGGGCCCCUCGCUGACCCCACUAAUCCAUCAUUGGCUGGAGGGGAGCCUGCUCAAGGCUGCCCAGUUCUCUCCAGCGCAGAGUCCUGCUCCCUGGAACCUCUGCCUCAGUCCGUGCCCCCGUGGCCCUGGCAUCCUGGCCCCUCCACGGCUGCAGCCCCCAUGCCUGGCAAGGACCCCAUGGCAGGUGGGGAGGCAGCGCCGGAGCCCUCCCACGGGCCCUGCCUGGCGCCAGAGGCCAGCCUGGCUGAGCUCCUCCCGGAGUCAGGACACAACGGCAUAGCAGGGCAGGAGGCCGGGAGGUGGCCAGAGCUCAGGGAGCAGGAGCUGGAGCCAGGAGAGAAGGGGACACAGCCUGGGUCUCUCUGCAAGGCAGCGCUGGAGGGGAGGGAGACCGUUGAGGGCCCCUCCCCCCGCACUGCGUAGAUAGCAGGGGCUGCCGGACCCCCGCACUCGUCCUACCCACAGAGCCCACGUGGGCUCGGCUUUAUGACUGCGACGCGCCGGGGGGCUACUCGGAUUGCACCCCCCCCGGGGCCCUUCUAAGAACCAGCAAUUCCCCGCUCCCCCCACUCUGGGGGUGCCUGCGCUCUGAACCCCCAGCACCUUGGUCUCUGCUCGCUGGGUGAGCCCCCGACCCACCAUGUUACCCUGCAACCUGGGCCGUGGCCUCCACGGCCAAAUAAAGGAGCUGUGGGAACUGGC